CUGCAUCUUACCCUCAAGUUUGGGGCGUUUUCUUCUUCUUUACAGUACUUGGGAGAAUUCAUAGGGGGCUGCAAAGAAUAGUAGCCUGGGCCACCCAAUGUCCAGCGACCAAGGGAGGAAAAGACACCAGUCAGGUGAGGCCUGAGGCAAAACAAAGAUGGGGUUCUUCUUCUUCACCUCUCGUGCUGCUGCUCGGUUCUUGGAGGGGAUCGGGCGCCCCGGCGUCUCCACUGCAGCACUUCUUCUUACAGCAGCCAGUGGUGGAGGCCUUGUUGCGUAUGCUGAUUCCGCUGCAGAAAGUGCUUCAGAGUCGUCGCAGAAUGCUCCCAAGAAGAAGGUGUUGGUUCUUGGGACUGGCUGGGCUGGGACGACUUUCCUCAAAAAUCUUGACUGCUCCCGGUAUGAAGUGAAAGUCAUAUCGCCUCGUAACUACUUCGCGUUUACACCUUUGCUUCCAAGUGUCACAUGUGGGACUGUGGAGCCACGCAGCAUUGUUGAACCGAUAAGGAGGAUGUUUGAGAAGAAAAAUAAGGAGGUCACAUUUUACGAAGCUGAGUGUUUCAAGAUUGAUGCAAGUAAAAAGACUGUCCAUUGUCGUUCUGCUGUUGGAACUAAUUUUGAUGGGAAUGGAGAUUUUAUGCUUGAUUAUGAUUAUUUAGUUGUUGCUCUUGGAGCUACUGUAAAUACAUUUAACACUCCUGGAGUGCUGGAGCACUGCUACUUUUUGAAGGAAGUAGAAGAUGCUCAGAAGAUACGGAGGAGUGUGAUAGACUGUUUUGAAAAAGCUUCACUUCCUAAUAUUAGUGAAGAGGAAAAAAGGAAGACUCUUCAUUUUGUAAUUAUUGGUGGUGGACCUACUGGGGUUGAAUUUGCAGCGGAGUUGCAUGAUUUUAUUGUCGAAGAUUUGGUGAAGCUAUAUCCUGCCAUUCAAGAAUUUGUGAAGAUAACAAUUAUUCAAUCAGGAGAACAUAUAUUGAAUAUGUUUGACAAAAGAAUAGCUGCAUUUGCUGAGGAGAAGUUCCGGAGAGAUGGCAUCGAAGUGGAUACAGGCUUCAGAGUGGUAAAGGUCUCUGAUGAUUUAAUUACAAUGAAGAGCAAAUCAGUUGGUGAGGUAUCAGUGCCAUAUGGGAUGGCCGUUUGGUCUGCUGGUAUUGGUACUCGUCCUGUCAUCAUGGAUUUCAUGCAUCAAAUUGGGCAGGCUAAUCGGCGUGCCUUGGCAACUAAUGAAUGGUUAAGAGUUCGUGAGUGUGAUGGUGUCUAUGCAAUUGGUGACUGUGCUACAGCGAGUCAAAGAAAAAUAAUGGACGAUAUUUCCAUGAUAUUUAAAAUGGCAGAUAAGAACAAUUCUGGCACUCUAACACUGAAAGAAAUCAAUGAUGUUUUAGAAGAUAUUUGCAUAAGAUACCCGCAAGUAGAGCUCUAUAUGAAAAGUAUGCACAUGCGUGAUAUUACGGAUUUGAUUAAAGGUGCAAUAGGUGAUUCUCACAAGGAAUCGAUGGUGGUUGACAUAGAGGAGUUCAAAAAAUCUUUGUGCCAUGUUGAUUCCCAAGUGAAAAGUGCUCCAGCAACAGCUCAGGUCGCUGCACAACAAGGAUACUAUCUUGCUGACUGUUUUAACAAAAUGGAAGAACGCAAAGAGCAUCCAGAAGGCCCAUUGCGCAUGACAGGGGGGUCAGGCCGUCACUAUUUCCGCCCAUUCCGGUACAAGCAUUUGGGGCAAUUUGCACCCCUUGGUGGAGAACAAGUUGCAGCAGAGCUCCCAGGCGAUUGGGUUUCCAUGGGCCACAGCACUCAGUGGCUCUGGUACUCUGUAUAUGCAAGCAAACAAGUGAGUUGGCGCACAAGGAUGCUGGUAGUAUCCGAUUGGACUCGCAGAUUCGUAUUUGGGAGGGAUUCAAGCCGUAUAUAGCACCGCCUGGACGCAUCAGCCUUCUGUACAGGGAAUACUGCUGAAUAAUUGAUUUGCUGGACCUUGAGCAAGCAAAGCUGUUUCUUGCCCCUUUCUAGUCCUGCCAACGGAACUGCCAUCCUUUUCUGUGUGCUACAUUGUGUUCUUUGCUCCUGCUACAUGUGAAGAAAAUUUGGAACAAUGAAGACACUUUUUAGCCGUCACUGUAGCCCCAUUUGGAACACGGGAUCUUUUCUUACUGCUGGAAUCGAACUGUUUGAUGUGAAAUUUCUAUGAAAUUCUGUUAUCAAAA